AGAAAAUUUAACGGGGAAAAGAAAAGAAGCGAUGCGAAGAGAAUGAAGAAAGAGCUACCAAAAGUGAGAGAGCUCUCAGCGGUGAACAAGUAAAGAAGAAGAAGAGAGAGAGAGAGAGGAAUGGGUACUCCGUGGUACUUUGUCGCACUACUUCUCACUAUUCUUACUAGCUCCCAGGGAAUUCUAACAACUCUUUCUCAAAGUGAUGAAGGAGGUUAUAACUACGAUUACGCUACUGUUCCCUUUCUUGCCGAAGUCUUCAAGCUGAUCAUUUCUGGUUUGUUUCUCUGGAGAGAGACGCGGUCAUCCUCCUUAGCAACUGCAAAGAUUACUACAGAUUGGAGGAGUGUGCGCUUAUUUGUUAUUCCUUCUAUUAUCUAUCUCAUCCAUAACAAUGUCCAGUUUGCUACAUUGACUUAUGUCGACACAUCCACUUAUCAGAUCAUGGGUAAUCUCAAGAUCGUCACCACUGCCAUUCUCUUUAGGUUGUUUUUGAAGAGGAAAUUAUCAAACCUUCAGUGGAUGGCUAUUGGUCUUUUAGCUGUUGGAACUACCACCAGCCAGGUUAAGGGUUGUGGAGAAGCUUCAUGUGAUUCCCUAUUCACAGCACCUAUACAAGGGUAUUUGUUGGGUAUUCUAUCAGCUGCUUUGUCCGCACUAGCCGGAAUCUACACUGAGUUUCUGAUGAAGAGAAACAAUGACAGCUUAUACUGGCAAAACUUGCAGUUGUAUACGUUUGGUUCACUUUUCAAUGUUGCUCGGCUUAUAGCAGAUGAUUUCAGACUCGGGUUUGAAAAGGGUCCUUGGUGGCAACGUAUCUUUGAUGGCUAUAGCAUCACCACUUGGUUGGUAGUUCUGAAUCUCGGAUCCACCGGCUUACUCGUCUCUUGGUUAAUGAAGUACGCAGACAAUAUCGUCAAGGUUUAUUCUACUUCAAUGGCGAUGCUACUUACUAUGGUAGCAUCCAUAUACCUCUUCAGCUUCAAACCAACGGUCCAGCUUUUCUUGGGUAUAAUCAUAUGCAUCAUGUCGCUUCACAUGUACUUUGCUCCUCCACAAACGCUGGUGGACUUGCUCGUCACAAACGAAGCACAUCCCAAAACCUUAAAGCAAGUUAUCGUAGAAGAAAAGACAGAUUCUUGAUUUAUUACAAAACAAUGGACCAUCUAUCAAGAUGGUCUUAUAAUUUUACGUUUUAGUAAAUGAUGUUCGUCUAGCUUCACCGUCUUGGUAAAUGACUAGUUUUGAAACAAUGAUCUUACUAUAACAGUACCCGCGCCACGGUUAAAUUUUACUUUUAUGGUGUUAUUAUCUAUUUGUUUGUGAAUGGU